AUGUAUCUAAAGCAGUCGGGUAAAAAAGAACAACAAGGACCAAGUGAGCAUGAUCUGAUUGAAAACGAGGAAUUCCAAGAAGACCAGAAGCAGACAUUAACAGAUGAGGAUACAUCAGACCCGGAAAAUCUGUUAGAUACGAACGACAAUCAUGCACCUACUACAAAAGCAGAAUUAGUUGGAAGUGAUACUAUGAUACAGUUAGGAAGAAAACAAGAGAUGAAAAAAGAAAGAAACAUGGACAGAAAAACAGACAAAGGAUAUUCAUUACAGUUCUCAAAUGAUAAGCCUGACACAGAUAUUAAUAUGACUGAUCAGAAUGACAAAGACAACCAAUUUAAAGAUCAAGAGCAGAAUACCAGAAAGGAAGAUGACUUCAAAGUAUCUUUAAAAAAAACGAAAGGACCGUUAGCGCCAAAAGGAGAUGUGACAAAAAUGAAAGACCAUUAUGACCCUAGUGCAGAAGAAGAUUUAGUUGAAAGUGAUUCGAGUUUACCUCCUUUAAAGUUAAGAAGAAAUCAACACAAGAAAAAUGACAGUAAAACAGGCAGUAAAACAGGCAGUAGGACAGACAAAGGAUAUUCAUUACAGUUCUCAAAAGAUAAGCCUGACACAGAUAUUACUAUGACUGAUCAGAAUGAGAAGGACAACCAAUUUAAAGAUCAAGAGCAGAAUACCAGAAAGGAAGAUGACUUCAAAGCAUCUUUAGAAAAAACGAAAGGACCGUUAGCGCCAAAAGGGGAUGUGACAAAAAUGAAAGACCAUUAUGACCCUAGUGCAGAAGAGGAUUUAGUUGAAAGUGAUUCGAGUUUACCUCCUUUAAAGUUAAGAAGAAAUCAACACAAGACAAAUGACAGUAAAACAGGCAGUAAAACAGGCAGUAGGACAGACAAAGGAUAUUCAUUACAGUUCUCAAAAGAUAAGCCUGACACAGAUAUUACUAUGACUGAUCAGAAUGAGAAGGACAACCAACUUAAAGAUCAAGAGCAGAAUACCAGAAAGGAAGAUGACUUCAAAGCAUCUUUAGAAAAAACGAAAGGACCGUUAGCGCCAAAAGGGGAUGUGACAAAAAUGAAAGACCAUGAUGACCCUAGUGCAGAGGAGGAUUUAGUUGAAAGUGAUUCGAGUUUACCUCCUUUAAAGUUAAGAAGAAAUCGACACAAGAAAAAUGACAGUAAAGCAGGCAGUAAAACAGGCAGUAGGACAGACAAAGGAUAUUCAUUACAGUUCUUAAAUGAUAAGCCUGACACAGAUAUUACUAUGACUGAUCAGAAUGAGAAGGAUAACCAACUUAAAGAUCAAGAGCAGAAUACCAGAAAGGAAGAUGACUUCAAAGCAUCUUUAGAAAAAACGAAAGGACCGUUAGCGCCAAAAGGAGAUGUGACAAAAAUGAAAGACCAUUAUGACCCUAGUGCAGAAGAAGAUUUAGUUGAAAGUGAUUCGAGCUUACCUCCUUUAAAGUUAAGAAAAAAUCGACACAAAACAAAUGACAGUAAAACAGGCAGUAAAACAGGCAGUAGGACAGACAAAGGAUAUUCAUUACAGUUCUCAAAAGAUAAGCCUGACACAGAUAUUACUAUGACUGAUCAGAAUGAGAAGGACAACCAAUUUAAAGAUCAAGAGCAGAAUUACAGUAUAACAGAAGGGGACACAGAGAGUGAAACCGAUACAGAGUCCUACACAUAUACAUCAAAUGAAUACUUUGAUAAGAAAGCAAUGUCUAUCUAG